GAUGAGUCUCAUUUUCACAUACAGUCACGUGACCGCGACCAUGCUGUACCUCGCGUGAUGAUUUCCUCAAUCCUCGAGAUAUUUCAACACUCAACGGGGUCGAGUAUCAAAGUCUUAAUUGUCAACCUUCGAAACUCUCAAAAGAAGAACAAAACAGAUUCCAGACACUCGUUGAAGGAAAACUACACACCAGCAUACCUGCACACUCAUUCAAUCAAAACUUCAACACGGUAUUCAAAAUGGCAUCUUCAAUUCUCGACCGCAAAUUGGAUCUUCUCUACUUGAUCUAUUUCUUCUUGCAUAUUCCGGUUAUGUUCUUAAUGGAUCUCCAAUCUCUCUACCCCGCCUCUCUCACCCCAUCAUUCUUGACCGCCAUCAAAGAUUUCCACAUCGCCAACUACAACGAUUUAUUCUUCGUUUCACCACCCAUUUAUUUCAAUCUAUUUGUUUGGUUGGAAUGUUUGAUUCAUUUACCUGUUAGCUUUUGGGCUAUUAGAGGAUUAUUGAAAGAUUCACCUCGUAUCCCUUUAAUACUCCUUCCCUACGCUCUCGAAACCUUCCUCACCACCCUAGUCUGCAUGCACGAAUACGUCUACUGGCCCAUCCCUCGCUAUCAAAAGAUUGAUUUGACUAAACUCUAUGGACCAUACAUUAUGUUGUCAAUGGUAAUGGCUAUCGAUAUGUUCAUCCGUCUUUGGCGUGUCGUUUCCGCUUCCUCCGUCGCAAAGAAAGGAAAAAAGAACAUCUAAACUUUCUUUCUUCUCGGAACCUCAAUCAUCAAUCUUUCAGUCAGGUAGCCAGUCAUUCAAAAGAACAAACGGACAACAAACUCAUCCUCACUCCAAAAAGCACAAAAUGAUACCCCAAGGGAAAGAAAUUUUCUUUCUUAUGGCAAGUUUGUUAUGAAGGUUUUUGUUGAUUGAGAAUCGAGGAUCGAGAUCGAGAACCUUCAGUCAGGUUUGAUUAGAAAAGUUUAUUUCAGAGUAGAUUACAUUACAUAGUAUUCUAGAAUUCUGAGUAUAAAAAUAUACACACAUAUAUCAUAUCGUAUCA